UCAGCCAAGAGGAACCAUCCAAGUCUUACACUUAUCAAUUUGUAAACGAACAAUAUAUUCACUGUUAGGAGAGCAAGACAUACCGGUAUUUGGAUGGAUAUGUUUGCGGCAGUUUCGAGGGGCUUUUUUAUUCUUCUGUCCUGCAUGCUGCUGAAACCUGUGCUUUCCAUGCAGAAUCAGAUGUGUGAGAUGAUGAAGGAGCUUGACAAGGAGAGGCAUUUGUGUGAGGCUCAAAUUGAGAACAAAACAUCAGGAUGCAGUGGCACGUGGGACAAAAUCACCUGCUGGCCAAAUGCUGAUCUUGGAGAGAUGGUCACCAUCCAGUGCCCCAAAUAUCUCUUCUACUUCUCCAGAGAGAUUCCAACACGUAACCUGUCCAAGACCUGCACUGAAGAUGGCUGGACUCCGAUUAGCAUUGACUCCUACAUAAUAGACUGCGGCUAUAAUCCCAAUAGCACCGUGGAUGAUGAUGAUACGGGAGAUUUCUUAGGUGCUGUCAAAGUGGGUUACACCAUCGGUCACAGCGUGUCGCUUAUUUCUCUCACCGUCGCCAUCGUCAUACUGUGCCUCUUCCCGAAACUGCACUGUACAAGAAACUACAUCCACAUGCAUCUGUUUGUGUCGUUCAUCCUCAAAGCCAUCGCAGUGUUUAUUAAGGACGUUGUUCUAUAUGACGUCGGUGAGACGGACAGUUGCCAUUCAUCUGUGGGUUGCAAAGCAGUGGUGGUGUUCUUCCAAUAUGGGAUCAUGGCCAGUUACUUCUGGCUGCUGGUAGAAGGCCUCUAUCUCCACGCACUCCUUGCUGUCUCCUUCUUCUCAGAGAGAAAGUACUUCUGGUGGUACAUCCUGAUUGGCUGGGGGGUUCCGACCAUCUUUAUCUCAACAUGGGUGAUUACAAAGGCUUAUUUAAAUGAUCUUGGAUGCUGGGAGAUGAUAAAUGACAAACCCUGGUGGAUUAUCAAAACGCCCAUUCUAGUUACCAUUCUUGUCAAUUUUUUCCUCUUCAUCUGUAUAAUCCGGAUUUUACGCCAGAAGAUGAAUUGUCCCGACAUUGGAAGAAAGGAAUCAAAUCAAUACUCGAGAUUGGCUAAAUCCACGCUGCUCUUGAUACCUCUCUUCGGCAUAAACUACAUCAUCUUUGCCUUCAUCCCCGACCACAUCCACCGACAGCUGAGGAUGGUUUUUGAUCUUAUCCUCGGGUCAUUUCAGGGUUUUGUAGUUGCUGUCUUGUACUGUUUCCUUAAUGGAGAGGUAAGCAAAGACAGAAAUAGCUGGUUCAAAUGUUUGCCGGCCUAUUAUAUCACUAACCGCCUCUCCACCAUUGUUUUCUCUACCUCCUCGCCUCCCCUGCAGGUACAGGCGGAGAUUAAGCGUAAGUGGCGCAGAUGGAUGUUACAGCGCUUCCUGGGUACAGACACAAAGUACCAGCAGCCCUCCAUAGGCAGUAAUGGGAACAACUUUAGCACCCAGAUCACCAUGUUAACCAAAUGCAGCCCCACGGCCCGGCGAGCAUCUGCUUGUCAGGAGCACUUCUCAGCCAUCUGACAACUCAGCUCUGCACAGACUGAGCGGGUGUCAUAUUUAAGCGAUGCAGUUAGAUGCGGGUGUCCCUGAAGGUCACUGUGACCUUUUAGUUUGACAUAUUUCCUUCAACUGUGAAAAGGCUGAACUUUUUUUUCUUUCCAAGUGAUGUGCACCCACAAUGGAAGUCAGGAGAAACCUUCUGAAAUACAACCCAAGAGAUAGUACAGUACAAGGAUAUUUCAAGUGACAUACAAUUGUGGUUGGAUGGAAAGCGAGAUACGUAGCGUCCUAUAAAAAGGAGGAUGUUUACAUAUAGACCACCUGGGCUAUGUGGCGCAUGGACAUAACCUAUUAGCACAUGUUGUUUUGCUUAUUAAAAAACCUACAGUGUUUCCAACGUACUGGACCUUCUUAGCCACCCCAAGGCAUUAUUUAUAGGAGACCUUAUAGCUGUUUGACAUUCCACAGCAGAGACUGAUGAAGCCUAUUCUUCUCAGAUUACUGAGACUUUUAUUUUCCUGUAUAGCCUCUUCGACACUGCGCCGUUCUAAGUGGUAUGAAAGACUUCCAUUAUUGGUCCACAACAUAGCGUACGGUCUUAAGUGGUAACAGUUAUUAAUGUUUGUUAUUUCCACCAUAGGUUUGAGUUCAGAAGUAUUUGGUCAGGCCUUAUAUAUCUCCAGGCAGCACGCUGGAUGAGUGGUUUGCUCAACCGCCUCAUAGUUCUGACGUUGAUGUUUCACUGCAGGUACUCUGGCAUCCUCCCACAUUCCAAAAAUAGGGAUGUUAGGUUCAUUAAAGAGUCUUAAAUGUGCUUAGGUGUGGAUGUGAAUUGUUGUUGUCCCUCUGCGCCCUACGAUUUGCUGGUGACCCAUCUGGGUUGUUCCCUGGCUCUUGCCCAGUCAGCUAGGAUAGGAUGAAACUCGCCCCCAACCCUAAAUACAGUUUAUAAAAAAGUAUCAACUUUACACACUGAGGUUUUACAAAAAUAUCCCAUUACUAUCAAUCAUUUAUGGUAUCAAAAACUAUUCACUGUUAGUGUGUCUCUAUAUGACUUGAUGGCCGUCCAGUCAGUCCAGGGUGUCAUCUUCCAGUCGCCCAAAGUUAGCCGUGAUCAGCUCCAGCUCCCCGCGAUUUUAAACAGCUGGAUAGAAAAUGGACAGAUGGAUAGAUUGAGUUACUGCAUUUUUUUGCAGUGAAGGCCCAUUUUUAGUGGUUUGGUAAAUAUAUAAUUGAUCCAAACCUUCAUUUCUUUAAACUUGAAAAAAUUGCAGUCAAUAGCUACCUGAAGUGUGGAGCCCAUGGACAUUGCAAAAUGCUGGACUUUUGCUCCCUGCAGAUACGUUUGCCACACUUUUGCUGUUACUUUUACUUCUUGCUUGUUUGUGGGUCUUGCUGCCUUAAUUUUCUGUUCAGUAAAAAGUAUUUUGUAAGCAUGGAGUAACAAAUGCUGUGUUAGUUGGAGAGCAGGUCACAGCCACAGAAGAAUAUUCCAUUGCCUGUGGAAAGUCUUGAGUUGCUUUCACAGAUGACAACAACACUGAAUGAUAAUAGAAUCAGUUCCUGAUUGGAAGAAAACGCAGAUUGAAAACAUCAGGAAAGUCAAGAAUAGUUUUGUGUGAUUUGUCCAAAUCUACAAUCAAGAACCUCUUUAUGAAUGUAAAGAGGUUGGGGUUAGUCAUAUAUCCACUAAAAAGCCUCCAAUGUGUCAAUGGACAUCGGAAGCAAAUCUAAACUUGUCAGAAUUGUGGGAAGAAAAAAGAAUAGCAAAAGAAGCAAAGUUUUGGAGGAAGUCCUUGAUCUCAGCCCAAUUGAACAUCUUUUGCACUUGCUAAACACAAAAGUGGUAGACACGUUCAGGCAUGACAAGCAUCUCCAGCGAUCAAAUUCAGAAUUUGGUCAUGUCCACACACUCACUGACUGCAAAGGAUUUCCACUCAGGUACAAAAAAAUGUAUGUAGUUUUAUUUAUAAAAUACAUUAAUGUUUAAUGUUGAAACUGAUGUUCACCCCUUAAAAAUAGACUUCAUCUAUAUGAAAUGGCUGUGAUGACCUUUUUUUGUACCUUUUUAUGAAAUAACAACGAUUACCGGGAAUCACAUGUUGAUUGUUUUUAUUGCAAACCCUCGUGGUGGAGUUUGAAGGCAAAAUUCCUGAAACAUUAGUCACUGUCCAAAUACUUUAGUACUGUUUACGGGGGAUCAGUUCUUUUGUGCUGCCAUUAUGAGAAGUUGUUAGUCUGAGUAAAAUGUUUUUACAAUUGGACUGAUGUUGUGAAGUGUUUUAAGGGGGAAUAAACAGGAUCUGAACCACAUUCUUAUCUGGGAACAACCCAAGCUCACUGUUUCCCCUGAUGUGGUAACAGAUCAACCGCUUGCGAGGCAUGGUUCAGAUUUUAUCAGUAAAACUUCAGCAUAUUUGCAGUUUCGUUGUGGCCCUUGAGGUUAUCGUUAACUGAGUUAAGCAUUAAGAGGACGUCUCUGCAGCUGCUACUGCUCUCUUAGAUUGUCUGAUAAGGUCCAACAUUAUUUGAUUCCUCCCAUGAGCAUAUUUGAUGACACAUCCUCCUCAGUUUACAUAAACUCACGCAGAGUGUCUCAAACGAAAUCACACAGAGAGACAUACACACACACACACACACACGUAUUGUCCACAAAGUAUACUUGUAAAUACGGGAAAAGCGUCCGUUUAUGGCAUGUUUUAUGAUGAUGACUUCUAGUACUCAGGUGUCAACUCAAAAUCGAUGUUUACAUUCAAGACUACAUAAUGUUCACUCAUGGCGUUUCCAUUAUGUCAAUAAUGAGUAUGUCUCCAAUGUGGUACCCUGUAAAUAUUGUGUAAAUACUGUCUACUGUACAAUUUAUGGACUCAGGUAUGACGAGUUAUUAGUCAAAAUACCUGUGGAAAAUGAAUAAAAUUGUUUGCAUUUUGGACUGAUGUUUCAAACUCAUCACUGAAUUGGAUGUUAGCAUUCAUUUACUUUGUAGAACUGUAAAAGCUAUACUUACUUACACCAA